UAUUAUGGAGUUAGGAGAUAAGGGCUUUAUGAAAGGUGAUGAGACAGGCAGAUCUGGGCGUUCGAGUGUCUGUGCCAUAGGGCUUAGUCUUUCAUGCUACUGUCUGACCAAAGUCCUAAGCGGGAUUCUGCGGACACUUUCUCUGCCUGAAUCCUUCAAGACGCAAUUUCUCCAGGAUCCUGAGUCUCCUGGAUUUUGAUGUCUGGUUAUCCAAUCUACUUCCCUCUGUCUCCUUUAUUGACACACACUCUAUUUGGAGAGAAGCGCUGAGUGCCAAUGCUCAAGGCCUGAACCAGGAUAGUUGUUUUGUCUGCUCAAUUAAUUGUAUUUUCAUCCAAUCAAGUCCACCCAUUGAUUUGACACCAUGGAUAUUGGUGGUCUUACAACAGUGGUAGCCAACUCGGCAUACAUCUCAGCUCGUGGAAGCUUCGAUGGCUCAGCAAACCCAGCAGCAAGUCGGGACAAGAAGUACCAUAGCAAGCUCAAACUGCCUCACAUCACAGUAUGUGAGGGCCUUAGGGAGACACUGGACCUCCAGUUUAACAGCAUCUGUGUCGAACAACCCAUUGGCAAGCGCCUGUUCCAGGAAUACCUAGAAACAACUAGUGAGUACAAGGGGCCGUGUCGCCUCUGGAAGGAUGUGGAGGAAUAUGACACUGCUGAGGACAAGGAUCGUGUCAGUAAAGCUGCCAAGAUCCUCCAACGCUACGUCGACCCUGCAGCCAAGUACUUCUGUCCCUUUCUGCCUGAAAAUGACAUCACCAAGGUGAAAGAGCGGCAUGAGAAUGCUUCAGAUGACUUGUUCGUUGACAUUCUAGCCUGCGUUCUUGAUUUCCUUAAGGAGGUCCCAUAUUCCUUCUACCUGGAGACCAUGUACUUCAAGAGGUUCCUGCAGUGGAAAUGGCUGGAGAUGCAGCCCAUUGGUGAGGACUGGUUCCUGGACUUCCGUGUGCUUGGAAAGGGGGGCUUCGGCGAGGUGUCAGCCUGCCAGAUGAGGGCCACAGGAAAGAUGUACGCCUGCAAGAAGUUGAAUAAAAAAAGGCUUAAGAAGAGGAAAGGCUAUGAGGGUGCCAUGGUGGAGAAAAGGAUUCUGGCUCGUGUUCAUAGUAGAUUCAUCGUUUCCCUGGCCUACGCCUUCCAGAGCAAAACAGAACUUUGUCUGGUCAUGACCAUCAUGAAUGGAGGAGACCUGAGGUACCACAUUUAUAAUGUAGAUGAGAAUAAUCCAGGCUUUGAUGAGCCCAGGGCAUGUUAUUAUUCAGCUCAGAUUAUUCAAGGGUUGGAGCACCUUCAUCAGAAGAGGAUCAUCUACAGAGACCUGAAACCAGAGAAUGUUCUUCUUGACAAUGAAGGUAACGUGCGUAUCUCUGACCUUGGGUUGGCUGUGGAGUUAGCAGACGACCAGGAGAAGACGAAAGGCUACGCUGGGACUCCGGGUUUCAUGGCCCCUGAGUUGCUGAAAGGAGAGGAGUAUGACUACUCUGUAGAUUACUUUACUCUUGGGGUCACUCUCUAUGAGUUCAUUGCUGCCAAAGGCCCCUUCAGGACUCGAGGGGAGAAGGUGGAGAACAAAGAGUUGAAGAAGCGCAUCCUGAAUGACCCAGUAACCUACACCGAGAAGUUCAGUGAGAAUGCAAAGUCCAUAUGUGAAGCCUUGCUCGCCAGGGAGGUGGACAAGAGGCUGGGCUUCAAGAAUGGGACUUGUGAUGAGUUGCGUGCACACCCUUUCUUCAGCAGCAUCAACUGGAGGAAGCUGGAUGCAGGGAUUCUCCCACCUCCGUUUGUCCCUGAUUCGAAGACCGUGUAUGCCAAGGACCUUGAUGACGUGGGCGCAUUCUCCACUGUGAAAGGGGUCAACCUGGAAGACACGGAUAAGGAUUUUUUUGAUGAGUUUGCCUCUGGAAAUAUCUCCAUACCCUGGCAGGAGGAGAUGAUUGAAACAGGAAUCUUUGGUGAGCUGAAUGUGUGGGGUCGUGGCGGCACAGUGCCCAACGAUCUACGGCGUGAGUCUAUCCUGGAGCAGCCUCCAAAGUCUUCCACUUGUACCAUAUCAUAAACACUUCUAUUCAAAGAGAACUCUUUCCCCUUUCCUUACUGCUCUCUGAUUGGGUUGAUGCCUGGACAUAAAGAGAUUCAAGAAUGACCUGAAGGAUUGGCCAAAAGUUAUUUCAUGUCAUCAUCUUUUCAUCGACAAAAAUGGACUGCAGGGCAGCUUUUAACAAGCAUUAACACUUACACCACAGCGCUGUUGAAUAUCCGACUCUGUUUGGUCAGGAAAGUGUUAAUUGCUUUUCUGACAGUAGUGCCAGCUGCAAGGCAAAUCACAGGUUCUGUUUCACCCCCACCAGUGGCAGUGUCUAACAUCUGGAGAUCCUCUCUUGCGCAUGCGCACACGUACUGAGACCUUCAACAAGUGACGUAGUAUUUGCAUGUUCUACUCAAAGUGUUUUCUUGUUCAGAAAACGAAGGCAGUUCCCGUCCUCUUCUAGGCCGACUUGGUUCCUGAAAGUCCUCUGCUUUUGCAUGCUAGCAUGGUCAAAUGUUGUUCAUUCCACGUAGCCUACGUAGGUGGUCAGUAGAUCUUGCAUCACAGCAUGUGCAUGUCACAGACAUCACAACGCUCGCCAGCAAUAUGCGAACCCAGUUGCUAUAUAUAUAAUGUAGUGAUAACAGGAAUUAACUUGUCUCACAACGUUAAAUGUAACUAUAAACUGUUUAAAGAAUUGACAUAUCGUUUGUUAAUACGUUUAAAAUUGUAAUCCUUGGCAAAUUGCUGUGGUACAAGAGGAAUAAAACACUUCAGGAUGUGCUGUUAUAUGGUGCGAUGUGGCCCGAUACGAAGCGGAGAUAACGCAUCCCUGAAGUUGAUUGAUCAUUUUCCAAUAACAGCGCGUGUUUAUCUAGCUCGAUUUCCUCAUUCAAAGGUACCACAGUUAGGAGUUUAAGGGGUAAAAGGAGUAACUUUUAUUGAAUGUAUGGAUUGUCAUUGCAUUGCUGUAUUUUCCGUGUUUAUUAUGACUAUCCUAAUUUACAUAUUGCGUCAAAGCUGAGAAGGACAUGAAGAUAUCAAUCUUAGUGAAUUCAUUUCAUCUCUUGUAAUAGUUCACGACACAGAUAUCUAAGGGUAUAGUAGGGCUUUUCUAAAUCCAGCAGAAAAAUAUCAUGGAUGAGGUUUUGGAUAAUGAGGAAUAAUAAAAUUAAAAAAAAAAAAAAAAAAAAGAACAGCUGAUGACUAAUUAUACAGGAAAUGCUUGUGCUUUUCAUAGAGUUUUAUUAUGGUUUGCUGAGUCAUCAUGCCCAGAUAAGCUUAUUUCAGCCCACUUAGACCAUCCUUUUGUGUACAAAGCUGUGAAUGAAUGUUGAUUGUGCAAACAAUAUUAUAAUGAAUAACCAUUUUUGAAUUAUGCAAUAGGUAUCACAUUUAUUCAAAUAAAUAUUUUGACAGAAACGUGCUGAUUUUGUGGAUAUAUUUCAUUCAAAUAUAUUUAUAUUGAUGCGUAAAUAUACUAUGGCAUGCUAAUGUAAUAACACAAUAAUAAGGUUAACCAUACUAUUAGUAAUAACAUUUUAAAAUAACAAUUUGCACCAAAAAUACACCGAAAAUAACAAUUUCAUAUUUACACCUUAGAUACUUUUAUUUAGUGAACCACCGGGCAUAGUGUCCACUGCUGUAGACAAUAGUUGUAAGGCUGUUUUUAGAAAAAUAGAAGGUGUAAAUACCCUCCAAAACA